GCAUUGAUUUUAAAGUAAAGCCAGUAACGUUUAAUGGUACAAGAGUGAAACUUCAAAUAUGGGAUACUGCUGGCCAGGAACGCUUCCAUACACUUAGUACUAGCUAUUUUCGUGGCGCACAAGGCUUUGUUCUUGUAUAUGACAUCACAAAUCUGGACAGUUUUCAAGGUGUAACAGGCUGGAUGAAAGAUAUACAUGAGAAAGCAGGUGAUGAAGUGGACGUAAUACUGUUGGGCAACAAGUGUGAUAAGGAGUCAGAACGUGUAGUUCCAAAACAGAAAGGAGAAAAGCUUGCUUGGGAACAUGGAAUACACUUUUUUGAAACCAGUGCUAAAGAUAACAUGAACAUUGAGGACGCAUUCUCAGUCUUGACUAAGGAAAUCCUGGAAAAGGUCGUUGAAGAUCUUACGAUUCAGCCAAGUUAG